CCAGUCAGCAACAAGCCAGAAGAGAAGGUCCAUUGAUCGAUCGGAGACAGAGAUGGAGCUGCUGUCCGAUUGCCCGGUGCACGCCUCCGUGCCGGACAAGUACGUGUUGCCCCCGGAGAAGCGUCCUUCGCUCCUCAACGACGAACCCAGCUCCGAUGUCGCCAUACCGGUCAUCGACCUCCACAGCGCCGACGAUUGCCGGCGCCAGCUGGUCGCCGCCGAGAUCAUCAAGGCCAGCAAGGGGUUCGGCAUCUUCCAGGUGGUGAACCACGGCGUGGCGGAGGACGUGGUGCAGGGGUUCCGCGAGGCGGCGGCGGGGUUCUUCGCGAUGCCGGCGGAGGACAAGCUGCCGUACCGCUCCGAUGACCUGAGCAAGCACUUCCGCGUGUCGUCCAGCACCCCAUAUGACCGGAACGGGGACCGCUAUUGGCUGGACUACCUCAAGAUCAACUGCCACCCCGUCACCGACGAGCACGUCCGAGAGUGGCCGGACAAGCCGGGAAGCUUCAGGAGCUCCCUCGCGGAGUACUCCACGGCGGUGCACGAGCUUGCACAGACGCUGCUCCGGCUCAUUGCAGAGGGGCUCGGCCUCGACGGUGGAUUCUUCGCCGGCGACCUCAGCGGCGGCAGCACCCAGAUGAACGUCAACUACUACCCGCCGUGCCCGGACCCGAGCCUCACGCUGGGCCUCCUCCCGCACUGCGACCGCCACCUCCUGACCGUGCUCUCUCAGGGCGACGUCGCCGGGCUGCAGGCGAGGCACGGCGGGCGGUGGCUCCUCGUGCGCCCCGUCCCCGGCGCCUUCGUGGUCAACCUGGGCCACCAGAUGGAGAUCAUCACCAACGGGCUCCUGGCUAGCGUGGAACACCGCGCCGUCACGAACACCGACGCGGUGAGGCUGUCGGUGGUGACCCUCAUCAUGCCCAAGAUGGAGUGCCGCAUCGGGCCAGCGCCGGAGAUGGUGAACGAGGCGACGGGACCCGCGAAGUUCAAGGAGUUCGAGUUCAGCGAGUUCAUCAAGGCCUACAGCGCCGCCGCCGCCAGCAGGGAGGACGUGCUCCACUACUUCAGGAUCCACCGCUAGCUAGCUCGGGCUCAGCGGCUCCAUAUAAAUAAAAAUGAAUAACCGUACGCUCGCGUCA